AUGACCUUUACUAUCGUCGACGGCCUCAAGACCCUCCGCGCCAUGCUCCCCAAGCCGCGCGCUCUGACCUUGCUCGACGUUGGCCUCGCCGUCCUCAUCGCUGCACACAUCCUCGCCCUCCUCUCCCCUCCGACGCCGGAAUGGCGGCUGGCCCGCGCCGCCCUCGCACCCUUCAUCGCUGGCUCAUGGGCCUACCUCGGCUACGCGUGGAAGCAGUACAACCGCCGGAUGUAUCAUAUCUGGGCGUGGGUCGGGCUGGGUGAAGGUGUCCUCGGUCUCCCUCCAAGUGGUCUGCAGUUGUACCGGCGUGCGGUUACCCAGCCGAGCUCAGACUCGGCACCGACACUCGGCGGCUCAACCAAGCUACGCAACGGCAAGCUACGCAACCGGCCCGGCCCGCUCGACACCACCCGGCCUGCGUCCGGCAGCUCCACGCCCAUUGAGUUUAGCCCCAAUGGCGCGUCGGCUGCCUCGGACUCGUCACCCCAGCUCGCGGAAUCCCCAUCCCCAUCCCCACCUCCAACGGCGUGGUCCAACCUCAUCAAGUCGGUGCUCGUGUUCACCUUGUCGGGGCUGUAUCACGACAUCUCCUCUGUUCUUCUUCUCCUCGACGCCCUCGGGCGCCGCGAGACCAUCAACGCGCGCGACGUGCUCAGUCUCUCCCCGUUCUUCCUCGUCCAGCCCAUCGCGAUCGCCGCCGAAGCCUUCCUCGUACCCCGCUUUCGCGCCAUAAAGCGCGCCCGCGGUAUCCAACGUCAUGACGAGGGACCCCUCCUCACGCUCGUGGAGCGGGCUGCGGGAUUCGCGUACGUCUGGCUCUGGCUUGGUUGGUCGGCUGGUUUCUUCGUCGACGGCAUGGCGCGCCUUGGUGUCUGGCCUGUUUGGGAGGCUACCCUACUGGGCUGGAAUGCGUCGCUGUUCGUCCCCCUCUGGAAAGUGAUAAUGUAG